AUGGGAGAUUUAAAGCCCAAAGUUCUUUUGUUUGACAUUGGCGGUGUUUGUGUCAAAUCGCCAUUUCAAGUCAUCCUAGACUAUGAACUUGGUUUGGGAAUCCCGCCCGGCUGGGUGAACUACUCCAUCUCUAAAUCUGGCCCUACGGGAUUCUGGCAAAAGAUUGAACGAGGGCAGAUUCCUAUGGAUGAUGCCUUCUUCGAAGGGUUUACCAAGGACCUCCAUGUACAGGAAUUAUGGGAGGAAUUCUACAAGACGCAACAGGCAAAAGACCCUCGCCUAGCUAAAGAAACCCCCCCGCUGCCAACGAUUGAUGGCAAGUGGCUAUUCAACGAGAUGAUGUGUGGUUCAGAUGCGCACGACCCAUGGAUGUAUCCAGCCCUGCAAAAUCUUAGAGCCAGCGGAAAGUAUAUCCUGGCAGCUCUGAGCAACACAGUUAUAUUCCCACCCGGACACAAGAUGUACCGGGAAGACUUCUUUGACGAGCCGGUUCGCCAGAUAUUCGACAUAUUCAUAUCGUCAGCCCAUGUUGGCAUCCGCAAGCCAGAUCCAAAAAUGUACCAGCUCGCCCUGGAAAAGCUCAAUACCUUUGCUAAGGAGAACGCACAUGACCCACGAUAUCAAGAGAAAGGGUGGGAGGCUGGCAUUUCGCCAAAGGAUAUUGUUUUCCUGGACGAUAUUGGCGAGAACUUGAAAGAAGCGCGCAAACAAGGAUUCAACACAAUCAAGGUUCCGCUUGGGAGAACAUACGAGGCGGUUGAAGAGCUGGAGAAGAUUACAGGGCUGGCGCUUGAGGGGUCGCACCCAAAGAUCCCCAUCAAGCCAAAUUAUGGGCCGCGGGCCAAGAUAUGA